AUGCCGCCCCUUGUACGUCGUCGACCUCUCGGCGAGCGUAUUCUCGCCUACCUGAACCCAUAUGACUUUUUGCUCUGGCUUUCCGAGGAGUUUGAGGGAGGCGACUGGGACCAGUUAGAAGAGAACUGGUCCGUACCUAUUGGAUUCGGGCUUAAUCUGGUGUUUCUUAUUGCUCGAGCGAACAGCCGGUCCGGUGGCAGCCAGGCCUUUGACGAUGUGUUUGGCGACGGCGAUGGCACCUCCAUCCGCGGUUGGUUGGCAUCAUUCGUCGUCCAUUUCAUGGCAUUUGCGUCAAUCGCAAACGCUAUCUAUACUUUCUCAAAGAAACGACACUAUCGCUUGUUCGAGAACUCGAUCGACAACAACCCUGCAACACCCUCCGCCCAACGGGUGCGUGUCGAUUCCAGCCCCAUGAUGGCCUCUCCUCUACGAUACAUUGCCAACGCCCUUUCCACAGAUUCGGCCCGCUCGAGAGCGCAUCCUGAUGCGCAACGUGAUGUUUGGGAGCUUGCUAUCUGGGACCCUUCACCACUGUGUCUUCGUCUGUUCUGCUUGUUCAGCCCUGGUCACGUUUUAGUCUACUGGCUAUUCUUGCCUACACAGCUCUCCGAUCCACGCCCCAGUGUCACCAUCGUGACCACCAUCAUUUUAACGGCCUUGUUGUCCGUUCAGAUGUCUUUCAUAUCUUCUUCCUACAAGCAGCAGGCCAAAGACCAGAAAGUGGUGCACAAAGAAGUCUUCAAGGAGUAUGACACCAAAUACGUACAGCCACGGACACACCCGUUGAUGAGAGAUGUUGGAACACAAUUCUCAGACGUGCAGCCGGAACACCCGAAGAGCGAAGAUGAUCUCAACAGAGUCGAGACUUACACGCCAACAGUUAUAAUCAACCGUGGGUUCAAGACUAGUCCCAACCCCAAUUAUCUGAAGCAUGUGGAUCCAGAAGGAUUCACUCCAGCUCGCCAGACAAACACCUCUACGCCAGUCUCGGCCAUGUUCCAAGGCCCACCAACGAUCUCCAGAGAUGGAUCACCAUUGGCUCGGGGCAGCGGCCGUACAACAAUGCGGCAGCCACAAUUCCGAUCUACUGGAACUACCCCCGGCGAUGGAGGAAGUCUUGGUAUUUACAGCCAUGCCAACUCCCCAUUAAGGAAGUCUGCAACUACAUCUUUCGAUCGUCGAUUGCAACACAAUGGAGACUUCGUAUACAAAGAGCGCGGUACAACCCCUCUCAUUCGAAGCUCCAGUCCUCUCAAGAAAAGCAGUGUCCCUGGGGCUGCAACACCCGGUAGACUGGCGUCGACCACCAGUAGACCAGAUAGCCUCCAUUCUCGACGAGAGACAGGGCGUUUCUAA